AUGGAGUCCAGAAGCCCCCAGCACCUCCUCCAUGUGCUCUGCAUCCUCUCGGUGCUGGCCGGACGCCUGCCCCCCACCACGGCCCAGUGGUUUUACCCCCUGGGCUUGGAGGACACCACACCGGAUCCGAGCACCAGCCCCACAGCCCCCACAGCGUCCACCCUGGAUGAGGAGGAAGACGGAGAUGCCCGCAGCAUGGAGCCCACGCGGAAGGUGCUGCUGAGCAAACCCCCGCUGGCGAUGACCCCCAGACGCCGGGAGCCCCUCGCCAGGGGGACAGCAAAGGGUCCGGGCCAUGCUCCGCUGCGCACGCGAGGCCAGCAGCACCGACCCAUGGUCACCCCAGAGAUCUUCGAGGGGAGCACGGAGGAAGAGGAGUUCCUGCAGAUCAAGGUGGUGGAGGGAUCCUGGUCCCCACGGGGGCUGCGAGGCGCAGCCCAGGAUGGGCACUUGGGCAAGGGGCUCUGGGGGAGGAGGGCUGGCAGGACGACAGCGAAGGGGCUGCCCCGGCAGGUGCCCCCAGCCCUGGAAACGGACCCUGCUCUCCAGAUGCACAACGGCUCCGGCUGCGUCUGCCCCGUGCGUCCCGGCCCUCCCGGCCCAAAGCUGGGAAUGUCCAGCCCUGUGGGAAACCCAGGACCCCCAGGUCCCCCUGGGCAGCCUGGCCUGCCCGGACCCCCAGGCUACCCAGGCCAUGAAGGCCCCCCAGGGGUCCCUGGGCGGGACGGGAAGCCGGGACCCCCUGGUCUGCAGGGGGCUGUGGGACCACCCGGUUUCCCUGGGGCUGAAGGACCUCCAGGGUCUCCAGGCUCGGCUGGGCCAGACGGACCCCCGGGGGCACCAGGGCUCCCAGGGCCACAGGGUCCCCCCGGGGUGCCUGGGCACGAAGGACCCCCUGGUCCCGCAGGACCUGCAUCACUCCCUGGCAAACCAGGGCUCCGAGGGGAGCCGGGAUUCCCCGGACUAAAGGGUGAGAAGGGCGAACGCGGACUACCGGGCAUGCCGGGGAGCCCUGGCCGGACUGGAGAGACGGGCUCCCCAGGCAUGCCCGGUCCCAUGGGGCCACCGGGGCCACCGGGGGACUACAGGGGUCCUCGAGGUCCCCCCGGGAACCCUGGCCCACCUGGCCCCCCCGGCCCCCCCGGAGCACCAGGUCUCCUCUACCUCAACAGGAUUUACCCCAUCCGUCCCCAGCCGCCCUGCAAGCAGCCGGCAGCUGCCGACGCAGGCUGGGCAGCAGAUGCUGACAUCCCUCAGACGGAGCCCCCGGACUCCCACGCCGAUCUCCGGGUGCGUCCUGACUGCGGCCGUGGGCAAGCCCCCCAGGCUGUCCAGCUGCCCCACGCGCCCCCACUGGGCCGUGAACCUCUCCAUCCCUCCCAGCGCCAGACGUGGGUCUUCAGGUCCAAGGAGUUGAUGCUGAAGUCGGGCAGCGCCGUGCCCGAGGGGAGCCUGGUCUACGUGCGGGAAGGGAGCAGUGCCUACCUCCGGACCCCCACCGGCUGGAGCCGCCUCCUGCUGGAGGAUUCGGAAUCGCUCUUCGUCGGUGAUGACCCCUCCGCCUCCACCCCACGGUACCAGGAGGCGAAGCAGGUGAAGACGAGAGGUCCUGACAUGGGGCUGCCCGCGCUGGCCCCAACAGACUCGCUGGUCCAGAAGGAGGAGGGACAAGGGCUGCCCCAGAUCCUGCCAACCACCAUCGCACCGCGGAUCCCAUCACCUCCUCGCUGCCCUGCCUCCCGUCCCCAGCUCCGUCUGGCCGCCCUGAACGUUCCCCUCGCUGGCGACAUGAGCGGGAUCCGAGGUGCCGACCUGCAGUGCUACCGGCAGUCCCAGGAGGCUCGGCUCUACGGCACUUUCCGGGCGUUCCUGUCGGCCCCCAUCCAGGACCUGGUCUCCAUCGUCAAGAGGACAGACAGGACCCUCCCCGUCGUCAACAUGAAGGGCCAGCUGCUGGCCAAGUCCUGGAGCUCCCUCUUCGAGGGCCAGGCUGGUGCCGCCCUACGGGGCCCCAUCUACUCCUUCAAUGGGCGCAACGUCCUGACGGAUCCCCUCUGGCCCCGACAGCUGGCCUGGCACGGAUCCACGCAGCGGGGCGGCCAAGCCCGCAAGCGGGAUUGCCAGGGCUGGCACAGCUCUGGCCCUGGGGAGGGUCUGGCCGCCCCUCUGGGCGAGGGCAGGCUGCUGGCCGGGCAGCGGCACAACUGUUCCGAGGCGCUGGUGGUGCUCUGCGUGGAGGUGGCCUUUCCCUACCGGCAUAUGUGGUGA